GUGAGGCGCCUGUGGAAGGAGUACCUCGACAUUUCUAAAGACCCCCCCGAGCUGUGCUCCGCGGGGCCCGUGGAGUUCAACAUGCUCACGUGGAAGGCCGCGGUCAUAGGGCCCCAGGGCAGCCCCUACGAGGGGGGGGUCUUCUUCCUAGAUAUUGUGUUCCCACGUUUUUACCCCUUCCAACCACCCAAGGUCCAAUUCUGCACCCGCAUUUACCAUCCCAACGUCACUAAAGCUGGGCGCGUUGGUCUGGACAUCCUGACCUCCGAGUGGUCGCCCGUACACACCAUCUCCAAAGUACUGCUGUGCAUCAGCUCCAUGUUAAGUGAUCCGAGCCCUCACCAUAUCCUGAUUCCCGAGAUCGCGACCGUGUACACAAUAGACAGGCCGAAGUAUGCAUUACUGGCUCGAGCAUGGACGAAGAAAUAUGCUAUGUGA